AUGACGGACCAAGCAGACAUCCCGCUCAUGCAAGCUGGCUUGCCAGACCCCGGCAAGAUUCCCACAAGCCCUCUGGCAUUGGAGAUGUUGAGCACGAUCUACCUCACUGCAGCCGUUGCGUACAUCACCUACGGUCUCCGCAUGUACAGCAGAAUCACGUCCAGGCAAACAGGACUUGAAGACUGGUUGAUUACCGCCGCUACGAUUCUGUCCAUGGGCUUCAUGGCUGUUCAAUACCGGUAUCUCAAGUACAACUACGCGGGAUUCAAACUAUCCGACAUCCCGACGACAGGGGACACAGAAGCGGCGUUAUUUGCAACGUGGUUGAGCCAGCUGCUUUACAGUCCUAUCUUAGGAUUGGUCAAAUCAUCGACUCUCGUUUUCAUGUUGAGGAUUGCAGGACACAUGAGAAACAUCAAGAGGUCUAUACAUGUGGCCAACGCCAUCAACAUCGGCCUCACUAUCGCAACAUUCAUUGCCACCAUAUUCUCGACCAUCCCAAUCUCCGGAUAUUGGGACAUAAACCAUCGAGUCCAACACGAAAUAAACCACGCAGUCUUCAUCAUGUCAACGUCCUUCCUGACCAUCAUGACUGACGUUCUGGUUCUGGCUAUACCGUUUUGGGCUUUCAUCAGGACCCAGCUUCCACUAGCAACGCGCCUUGGAGUCAUCAUGAUCUUCAUGACUGGUGGUUUAGUCACCGCAUUCGGCAUCGUGAGGUUCUGCGUGCUCGCCGAGGAAUACUUCGAGCCCCCUAAGAUCCGUUUCAUGCAAACGUGGGGGCCGAGCUUUGCUCCGUUCGAGACCAACCUGGCCAUCAUCACCGCCUGUCUGCCGGCCCUGCGUCCGUUGUUCCGAAAAUGGUUCCCAAAUGUCUUUGUCAGCUCCAGCAACGAAGAAUCGAGGGCUGCUGAGGAGCAACGCGACCAUACAGGAGUUGGGAGUGGGAACGACAGGAGCAUCACGAUGCGGGACUUCAGCCAUAAGCGUGGCAACGUCCGCUGCGGAAGCAAUUCUACUGCCGGGAGUCAUGAGCCGAUCAUCGACUCCGCGGGCAUCAGGAAGACAACUGAUAUCCACGUCUCAUACUCCGCUUCGAAAGCUCAGAAUUCCGAAGAAAUGGGCAGGAAAGAUACGCCACGACCAUCGGACCCGGCUCUGGUGGUCUAA